AUGCCCUACACGGAUACACCGCUCGGCAUCAUGGCGGACCAGGACCCCAACGCCCUGUUCGGCCUCGACGACUCGGCCCUCGCCGUUGCCCCGUCCUUCCUCGACGACUCGGACUCCCAGAACCUCGAGUCCGCCUCCAACGGAGCCUCCAACAUCGCCAGCGACGGCCAGUCCUACUACAACGCGACCAAUUGGUCCUUUCAGGACACGCCCCCGUACGAUUCCUACAGCACCAUCGCGGCCACCUCCGCCGCUGCCGCCACGCCUCUCUUCCAGACUGCCUCCCCCUGGGAACAACUCUCCCCGAACCAGCACCACCAACAGCAGCAGCAGCAGCAGCAGCAGCAACAACAACAACACCAACAUCACCACGCUCCUACCAACGUAACCUCCCCCCUCGAUCACUCGACCCUCGCCCAGGCCGGCUUCUAUGCCGCUCCCACUCCCGCUCCCUCCCACAACCAGCACUCCCAUCGAGCCGGCCAACACCACACCCUGCCCCAAGAGACGCUGAGCCUCCUGACUCCCGCCCAGCAGGAAAAGCUCAGGAACAUCGCCAUGCCCGCCCAUCUCCAGUAUCAAUCUCCCAAGAGCGAGCCGAGCCCCGGAUCCGCCACCAGCGACCACAAGGCAGCAGGACUGUCGUCCCCCGACGCCCACGACCUCUCGAGCAAGGACAGCCGGAAGCGCAAGUCGUCGGCCGACGCCGACGACGACGACGAUGAAGAUGACGAGAACCACCCGGUCAAGAAGACGGCCCACAACAUGAUUGAGAAGAGGUAUCGCACAAACCUCAACGACAAGAUCGCCGCCCUUCGCGACAGCGUGCCCAGCCUGAGGAUCAUGUCCAAGAGCGCCAGGGGCGAGGAUACCACCGAGGAUCGUGAGGAGCUGCACGGCUUGACGCCGGCACACAAGUUGAACAAGGCUACCGUUCUGAGUAAAGCGACCGAGUACAUCCGCCACCUCGAGAAGAGGAACAACCGACUCUGCGACGAAAACACUGCCAUGCAGGCCAGAAUCAGCGCAUUCGAGAAGCUCUUCGUCGCCGGCGCCAUGAACGGCGCCAUGAGUCCGCUCCAGCAGCCGCCCACCCCGAUGCAGUACCCGCAGGACCACUACAUCAGCACGCCCAUUGGCACGCCGCGCGGCGAGCCCGCCCAGGGCAUGAUCCCCGUCCCCGACGACAUGAAGCGCAUCAUCUCCGCCCAGAUGGCAGUCGGCCAGCCCUACCCCGUCCCGCAGCAAGGAUAUCGUGGAAACCCCGCCCUCAUGCGACAGCAACAGAUCCAGCAGCAACAGCAGCAGCAGCAGCAGAUGCAGCAGCAGGGACGCUGGGGCGCCGGCCCUUACUUUGGCAAGCUGAUGGUAGGCUCGCUCGCCGGCCUCAUGAUCAUCGAGGCCGUACGCGAGAACGAGCAGAGCAACGAGUCUCCCGAGGGCCGUGGCCUCUUCGCCAUGCCCAUCCAGCUGCUCAGCUACCUCGGAUCGACGUCACACAUGCACAUCGGCGGCUACUACAUCUCGCCUGCUCAGAUCAUUUCGCAUCUCAAGUUCUUGCUCUUCCUCGGCACCAUGUUGUGGGUCUUUGUGCCGUCGCUCUUUGUGUCGUCCGAGAAGAAGCCCAAGAAGGCGCAGCAUCUGAGGGAGUCGCUCCAAGCCGCCGGCUCCGUCGCGUCGCCGAUUCACGUGCGUCGCCAGGCCUGGCUGACGGCCAUCCAGACCGUCUGGGUCCCGCAACACAACUUCUUCCUCGAGGCGGCGGCCUUGAUGAUGAAGACGAUGAAGCUGAGCAUGCGCAACGCCAUUGGCGUGCACGGCUACCAGGUGCUCACCGGCCUCACGGAGGAGCAGGAGGCCGCACGUGUCAAGGCCUGGUCUAUCGCUCUGGAUGCGCAGCUGGCGGGAGGCGACGUCGAGAUCAACAAGAGCCGCCUCACGCUCACGCUCUUGGCAUCCGGCACCCUUCCCGACACCCCAUCGCGGCUCAUGCUCAAGGCUCUGCACGUUCGUGUGCUCCUCUGGGACCUCGGCUCCAAGGGCCUCCACAACAUCGUCGCCAAGAAGCUCGCCCGUUCUCUGUGGAACGAGGCUAGGAACCUGAACCGCGUGCGCUCCCAGCUCCGCCGCAACUCGGAGCAGGUCGAUGACGACCUCCCCGAGCACCUGGCGGCCCUGAUUGAGCUCGAGUGCGAUGACAUUCUCAACAAUGCCGUUAUCCAGCGGGCCUACAACCUGGCGUGGAACUUGGCGACGACCGAGGGCGUCACGGAGCACAACGAUGGAAUGGACUCGGUCGUCGACGACCAGGCCGUGCGCUCGCCCCUGGAUGCCGUCGCGGCUUGGUGGUCUAGCCAGACGAUCCAGCGUGCCUUGGUCACCAGCCUCGAGGCUGGCAAGGACGACGGCGACGCGCCGAGAGUGGUGUCGACGUGCUUGGAGUCGGCGCUCAAGACGGCGCCUAUCGGAUCCGGUACGCAGGCGCGCGCUCUGGUGGCGCGCGCCGUGCUCGUAGACGAGAAGCGGGGCGCCAACAUUGCCGCGGCGAUCCAGAACAUGCAGCCGGCCAGUGAGCAAGGUUCGAUCGGCCGGAUUGCUGCCAUAUUCGACUCGUCAACGUCGGCGCAGUCUCCGGAGGUGCAGAUGGCGCUCAAGUGUGCCAUGGCCAUUGCGCACUUGGAGCGUGCCAAGGUGACGGCGGCGGCACCGCACGAGGGCCUCCAGCAAGUCGAGAAGAUUGCGCGGCCCAGGACGACGGCCAACAUGUCGCUCCUCGGCUGCACGGCGCUCUUCAAGCUCAUGGAGGAGCUGUUCGCCAACCGGUCAUCGACGGAGUGUUUCAGCACCCCGCUGGAGCGUCUCGCCGGCAGCCUUCGGAUUUGGAUCGGCAGCGCGCCCGGCGAGAAGUGCGGCCUCGAGCAGGACGUCCGGCAUAAGAUGGUAGACCGCUGCCUCGGCAUCACCAAGAGCGUCGUCGGCAUGGAGACAGACACGGGGUACGGCAGCAUGAGCGAGUGCGACGAAGAGGGCUGUUGA